GUGUAAAAAUGCUGGUACGUAAAGGGACUUGAAAAUGGCACACAAAUAGACUCAGAUAUCCCGGAGAUGAGGUAAAUGGGUGCCUGAUUAUUAAAAUGUAUCGGUCGAUAGCGGUGAUAUGAACUUUAAAGGAGAGAGGAGAGAGAGAUUAUGCACUAUGAUAGCGGAGUAGAGUCCAACCCCUGGGUGGAGAUUUAUGUGAUUGAUGGUCCCCUUGUGCGCUCACACUCGCACACUCUCGCCCCCUGCAACCUUCCCAAUUUCACCAGCACAAGGAAUGUGGAUGCACAGCUGGUCCCGUAGCUGAGCAGAUUGGGAAGUCCGUCUUUCAUUCGGGGCAGAAGACCGAUAUCGAAGCACGGAACAACUUCUAUUCCGGCGUCCACUACCGCGUGGGACUAAAGUCACUGCAUUCUCGCCACAUUCUUUACACUGAAAACGAUACUCCUCCUUCGAAGAACGUGAACUUAGUCCCACCGUUGGCUCUACCGAAAAGUUUUCGCUUUUUACCAAUUAAUCGGAUCACAAUGCAAAACAUCAAAUUGGGAUUACACAAAUAACACAACAGGAGACGAAUGAUCACGGGACAAGAGGACGUGGAAGUAGAAGCAUGGACGAGGCAAUCCCUGACGUCCUUUAACUCUGUGCAUUGCAAUUCAUCUGAAGCUCAAAGAUCCCAUAUCGGAUACACCACAGUCACUUUUGUCUCAGGAGGGAGCAAAAUAUAAAACAAAUCCCAACCGUAGUGCACACACACACACACACACACACACACACACACACACACACACACACAUACGCCUUUCUGUGCAAAGUGGGCCUGAGAGCUCACUCAGGCCAGCCAUGGCAUCCAGCCUGACGUGCGUGGGGCUGCUAUGGGCCUUCCUGUCGCUGCUGAGUGCCGCCGCCUCCUGCGUUGGCUUCUUCAUGCCCUACUGGCUGCUCGGACAGCAGAUGGACAAGCCGGUGUCGUUCGGCACGUUCCGCCGCUGCUCGUACCCGGUGCGCGACGAGGAGCGCCAGGCCACAGUGAUGGUGGAGCAGUGCGGGCGCUACGCCUCCUUCCUGGGCAUCCCCAGCCUGGAGUGGCGCAUCUGCACGGUGGUGACGGGCGUGGGCUGCGGCCUGCUGCUGCUGGUGGGUCUCACGGCGCUCAUGGGCUGCUGCAUCUCCGAGCUCAUCUCCCGGACCAUCGGACGCGUGGCAGGGGGCAUCCAGUUCGUGGGAGGACUGUUAAUCGGUUCUGGAUGUGCCCUCUACCCGCUCGGCUGGGACAGUGAGGAGGUCCAGCAGACUUGCGACAACAGAUCGGACCAGUUCCAGCUGGGUUCCUGUCAGAUUGGCUGGGCGUACUACUGCACGGGUGCGGGGGCGGCGUCUGCCAUGCUGCUGUGUACCUGGCUGGCCUGCUUUGCUGGGAAGAAGCAGAAGCAGUACCCGUACUAGAGCAACGAGCCGAGGAGACAGAGAGAGUGUGAGAGAGAGAGGGACAGAGAGAGAGAGAGAGAGAGAGGGGGGCUGUGAAGUGACAAAACACAGCCACGGGCGCUGAGGCAGAGCAAGCAAGCACGAGAGGCACAAGUCAAAAAGUGUGUGUGUGUGUGUGUGUGUGUGUGUCUGCCUGUCUCUUUUUGUGUUGGAGAAAAGCUGUGUGUCAGGCAGAGGAAUUGAGAGU